CAGAAAACGAAGUCAACGAGAAUCCGAAUAAUUUGCGUCUUUGGGAGCCACAUCAAAGGCAUGCCCAGAAUCUCUCUGCAGCCUGCACUAGGCUCCGAAGAACCCGGCUCCAGCUCUCACCCCCACCCCAAGACUGGAAUGCAGAACCCUGGCUCCUGGGGUAUCCUUCUGGAGUGCUGUCUCGGGGUGGAGGGUCAAGAAGGCGAGGCUUUGCUCCUCCAGUGGACUGUGCUUGCUCCUGAGCCUAAUUGUAUGGCACGCAACUCGACACUUUGUGGCCUCGUUUUCCCCAGCUAUAGGCAGAGCCAGCCACACGCCUGUCCGUUUUGUCAGUUUCCCCAUUGCUGCAACAGAGGUGGCGCUUGGCAGAUGUGGGGUAGACAAAAGAUGGAAAGGAAUACUGCACAAUCAAGUCUGGACUGUGGCUACGAAGCACGUGGCCUCCAUGGCCCUGCUCUCUAGUUUAGGAGAAACUCGGCUUAAAGGCGAAGUUUUGGUCACAUGACCGCAAGCAAUCUGGGGCGAUAAGGGAAAUACUGCCCGGUUUUAAGAUGGCGACACACUUCGCUUUGCCCUCACGCUGAAGGCCAACGGCUUCCAUUGCCCGCUUGCAACAUGGCGGCAACCUCCCGCAAGCACGCUUCUCUGCAUCUGACCCGCCACGUACCCACUCUCAAGAUGGCUUCCCACGGGCCGGACCGGGGCUCACUCAUUGGCUCAGAUGCUAUCACGUGCGCCGGCUCGUUCACGCCCUCCCCCUCCCCCACAGGUCGUUUCCGUCCUCCGCCUUGACUGAAGGACGCCUCGCCCAAUAGCCGUCUGCAGCCUGUCUGGGUUUCGCCCUCGGAGUAGCGCUCUGGCCAAUGGGAAGCGUUGGCGGGGGCAGGCACGGUUAGCCACGCCCACCGUCCGCGGUGGGAGCCAAUGAGUAGCGCGCGCGGGGGACGUGUGCGGGCGUCUCCGCCAUCUUGUGAGUCUAUAACUCGGAGCCGUUGGGUCGGUCCCUGCUAUUCCUGCGCCUCCGCUCCGUCCCCCGCGGGUCUGCUCCGUGUGCCAUGGACGGCAUCGUCCCAGACAUAGCAGUCGGUACAAAGCGGGGAUCCGACGAGCUCUUCUCCACGUGUGUCAGCAACGGCCCCUUCAUCAUGAGCAGCUCGACUUCGGCAGCCAAUGGAAAUGAUAGCAAGAAGUUCAAAGGCGACAACAGGAGCACAGGGGUUCCAUCCAGAGUCAUCCAUGUUCGCAAGCUACCUAGCGAUGUCACUGAGGGCGAGGUCAUCUCCCUGGGGCUGCCCUUUGGGAAGGUUACCAACCUCCUUAUGCUGAAGGGGAAGAACCAGGCCUUCAUUGAAAUGAACACGGAGGAGGCUGCCAAUACCAUGGUCAACUAUUACACGUCAGUGGCACCCGUGCUGCGUGGACAGCCCAUCUAUAUCCAGUUCUCUAACCACAAGGAGCUCAAAACUGACAGCUCGCCCAACCAGGCGCGUGCCCAGGCAGCCCUGCAGGCCGUGAACUCUGUGCAGUCUGGAAAUCUGGCCUUGGCAGCCUCUGCUGCUGCCGUGGAUGCUGGAAUGGCAAUGGCGGGCCAGAGCCCAGUGCUCAGGAUCAUUGUGGAAAACCUCUUCUACCCAGUGACCCUGGAUGUGCUGCACCAGAUCUUCUCUAAGUUUGGUACAGUCCUGAAGAUCAUCACAUUCACCAAGAAUAACCAGUUCCAGGCGCUGCUGCAGUAUGCUGACCCUGUGAGCGCCCAGCACGCUAAGCUGUCGCUGGAUGGCCAGAAUAUCUACAACGCCUGCUGCACGCUGCGCAUUGACUUCUCCAAGCUCACCAGUCUCAACGUCAAGUACAACAAUGACAAGAGCAGAGAUUAUACUCGGCCCGACUUGCCUUCUGGGGACAGCCAGCCUUCUCUGGACCAGACCAUGGCCGCAGCCUUUGGUGCGCCCGGCAUAAUGUCAGCCUCUCCGUAUGCAGGAGCCGGGUUCCCUCCCACCUUUGCCAUCCCUCAGGCCGCAGGUCUCUCUGUUCCUAAUGUCCAUGGAGCGCUGGCCCCCCUAGCCAUACCUUCUGCUGCUGCAGCUGCUGCCGCUGGCCGCAUCGCCAUCCCAGGCCUGGCAGGCGCAGGGAAUUCUGUCCUUUUGGUCAGCAACCUGAACCCUGAGAGAGUCACACCCCAAAGCCUCUUUAUUCUCUUCGGCGUCUAUGGUGAUGUGCAGCGGGUGAAGAUUCUGUUCAACAAGAAGGAGAAUGCACUUGUACAGAUGGCCGAUGGCAGCCAGGCCCAGCUGGCCAUGAGCCACCUGAAUGGGCACAAGCUGCAUGGGAAGUCGGUGCGCAUCACACUGUCAAAGCAUCAGAGUGUGCAGCUGCCUCGUGAGGGAGACCGCAAGAUGGCGCUGAUCCAGAUGGGCUCCGUGGAGGAGGCGGUGCAGGCGCUGAUUGAGCUGCACAACCAUGAUCUGGGCGAGAACCACCACCUGCGUGUGUCCUUCUCAAAAUCUACCAUCUAGAUGCGCGUGGGCCUGCGACAGCUUCCACCAUUCCAGAAAAGCCACUUUAAAAGCAGCUGAAGUGACCUUACAGACCAGAGAUUUUAUUUUUUUAAAAGAGAUCAGUUUACCUGUUUUUAAAAAAAUUAAAUCUAGUCUACUUUGCUGUGGCGGGAAAUGGCUUAGGCCACAGAGGCCCAGUCAGGCCCGGCACCAUGCCUUGAGGAGCUCAGGCGUGAGGCCACAGCGGUGCCCCCGAACACAGCCGCUUUCUCGUGCCUUACAAAACCAGCCCACUUGCGGCCACACACCCACCCUCUCAAGCCACCAAGUCUGUCGCUAGACCUGCCGGUGAGCUGAGGCCUGCACCACAGGCCCCCUAUGCCGUGCACGAGCCAUGGCCACCGCCCCCACCCCUUAUAAUCAAGUGACAUGAUUCUCCCAUGUCCCUGGCCUGCCCAGGAGGCCAGGCCAUCCUCAGCUGCCGAGCCUCACGUGACCUUUGUAUUCUGUUCUCUGUGGUCACAGACACCUGUGCCUAGCAAUAUUUCCACUUGACCAAAUACCCAGAUCUUUUUCCAUUUAUAAGAGAUAGAGUUUUAAGGAACUUUUUAUAGCAAUGAUACAGUGGUAUGUGUGUACUCUUAAGCUUCUGUGUUCCUGUGCUUGUCCCCUCCUUCCUGGUGACCAACUUCUGGGUGGGGCCCAGGCCAGUGCUGCCCCUGCCUGGGGAAAACAGCCCUGAGACCAUUGGGCUCCUACCUUCAAAUUUUGGACCAAAGUUUUUUUUUUUUUUUGUUUUGUUUUUUUUUUUUGCCUGCCUUUGACUAGGCCCAGGUGAGGGGCUGACCUCCAGGCCUUAAUUCCCCUCACGAUACGCCCAUGUCGUGCCUAGCCUGUCUCUAGGGGAGGGGUUCCCUGGACCUUGGUUCUGUGAAGGAGUGGCAAGAGUGUACAUAUUUAUGAUUUUUAUACCUGUGUGGGGCUGAGGCAGUGCAGCGGUUUUUUAUGGUGACAGAUAUAUAUUUUGGUAACAACUACAGGCUCAGUAUUGUCCCAGGGCCAGCCCUGACUACAUUCCACCCUGUCCCAGAUGGUAUGUUGGGAAGUUUCCAUUAAAGCAGUUUUCUAACCUGUGCCUUCCCUGAGCCCUUCAUUCUGAGCUGUAGAGGUAUCGCCCGGGCUGGGCCUGGAUUCAAUAAAAUGCCUGUGUCCUGUG